UUCUUCUCCUUCAUCUUCCUCAUUCAUCCCAAAUCCCUGAAAUUCAUCAAAAAGCUUCCAUUUCUGUAAUUGUAUGAGUAAUUAUAUAAAUAUGUUUUCAUGAACAUUAUUGUUCAAUAGUCGAAACAUGAGAGGCUACGAUCGGAUCAAUUCAUUCCUGCCGGACGAGUUGAUCCUCGAGAUUUUCAGGCGGAUCCACGCGAAGUCGAACCGCGACGCCUGCUCCUUGGUCUGCAAGAGAUGGCUUGGGCUCGAGCGGAUCAGUCGAGAUAAGCUUCGAAUUGCUGCUUCCUGUAAACCUGACGCCCUGACCAAACUGUUGGCUCGUCAAUUUAUUAAUGUUAAGAAUAUCUACAUCGAUGAGAGGCUUCCAUUUCCUCUUCCGGUUUCGUUUGGAAGAAGACGUGGUGGAGAUCAGCCUCGAUUUUUAUCCGUUAACCUUCCACGUGCACUUGAAGAUGAAGAAACGAGUUCACAUAGUUUAUCAGAUGCUGGUUUGAUAGCUAUAGGUGAAGGAUUUUCAAAGCUUGAGAAAUUGAGCCUUAUCUGGUGUUCUAAUGUGACAAAUGCUGGUUUAAAAUCUAUUGCCGAGAAUUGUGUCUCCUUGAGAUCUCUGGAUUUACAGGGGUGUUAUGUUGGUGAUCAAGGGCUAGCAGCUGUUGGGGUUUGCUGUAAGCAACUUGAAGAUCUGAAUCUUCGAUUUUGUGAGGGAGUAACUGACGCAGGCUUAAUUGAGUUAGCUUUUAGUUGUGGAAGUACAUUACAAUCUCUGGAGAUUUCAGCUUGCACAAGGAUAACAGAUCUUUCUUUAGAAGCAGUAGGAUCUCACUGCAAAAAUCUUGUAACUUUGUCAUUGGACUCUGAACAGAUCAACAAUAAAGGGGUUAUUGCUGUGGCAAAAGGGUGUCGUCUACUUAAAGUUCUAAAGCUGCAGUGCAUUAAUGUAACAGACGAGGCUCUGCAAAUGGUUGGCAUGUACAGUUCAUCAUUAGAACUCCUGGCUCUUCACAGUUUCCAGAGAUUCACUGACAUGAGUUUAUACGCAAUCGGUAAAGGGUGCAAGAGUCUGAAGAAUCUUACCUUAAGUGAUUGCUAUUAUUUGAGUGACAAAGGGUUGGAAGCAGUUGCAUCUGGCUGCUUAGAACUCACACAUCUUGAAGUUAAUGGAUGCCACAAUAUUGGCACGAAAGGACUGGAAUCCAUUGGUAGAUCUUGCAGGAACCUCUUAGAAUUGGCUCUAUUGUACUGCCAAAAGAUAGGGAAUGAAGCUCUUGCUGAAAUUGGCAGAGGCUGUAGCAACUUGCAAGCCCUUCACUUGGUAGAUUGUUCCAGUAUUAGUGAUGACGCAAUAUGUAGUAUAGCCAAAGGAUGCAGGAACCUGAAAAAGCUUCAUAUACGUCGAUGCUACGAGGUUGGUAAUAAAGGAAUUAUAGCUGUGGGCGAGAACUGUAAAUCCCUCACUGAUCUCAGUCUUCGGUAUUGUGAUCGGGUAGGAGAUGAAGGAAUGAUUGCUAUAGGUCAAGGAUGCUCCUUAACUCACUUAAAUGUCAGUGGGUGUCACCGAAUAGGCGAUGUUGGAAUGACUGCCAUUGCAAGGGGCUGUCCUAGUCUGACUUACCUUGACGCGAGUGUUCUUCAGGAUUUGGGAGAUGCAGGAAUGGCUGAAUUAGGGGAAGGUUGUUCAUCACUAAAGGACAUAGUACUGUCACAUUGUAGACAAAUAACAGAUGUGGGUCUAUCGUAUCUUAUCAAUAAAUGCAAAUUGCUUCAGACUUGUCAUAUGGUAUACUGCCCUCAUAUUAGCUCAGCCGGGGUUGCCACAGUGAUCUCAAGCUGUCCAGACAUAAAGAAAGUGUUGGUCGAAAAAUGGAAAGUUAGUCCUAGGACUAAAAGGCGGGCUGGCUCAAUCAUCUCCUAUCUAUGUGUCGAUCUCUAGAAACAAAACCCGCAAUAAGCUUUGGGUUUGCGGGUGAUCAUAUUUUACUCUAGCCCGACCAGCCUUGAGCUAUAUAGUUUGUUUGUGUGUGUGGUUACUAGUUCUGUUCACAAAUAAAAAGAUUGAAAACUGAUUCCAUAAAAGAGAGACAUGUUGUUCUUGAAUUGUGUUUUUUUCAUUUUUAGACUAUUGUUUUCUUUGAAGUAAGCUAGUAAAACAUAAUUAUUCCACUUGGCAAAUUAUAUAUGUUUCUAUUUCUUUA